AUGUUGGACUUCAACUGCCUCGAACGCCAUGCAGACGCUUCAGCCAAGUUCAACGACCGCCGCAGAGCUUACUCCGCCAUGGAGUUGACGGAGCUAUGCAUAGACUUCAUCAAGGCACCAUACGACAAGUGGGACGCUGACCGCAAACAAGCCUUGUCGGACCUCAAAGAGUGGUAUACCGCUUGGGACGACAUGUGUGAGGAUUUCGGUCACGAAGUCCCGGAGGGAACGGACAUGAUGAAAGCCAUCUCCCUCAUCAGCAAAGUCUUUUUCGACGGACGACUGAACCAUGUUCAGUUCGUCUGGGAGACUCUAGUGCAAGAACUAGUCAACGGCAAGCCAAAGGGAGACAUCAUCUACGCCACGACCUCGAUUCCCGACGAAGACGACAAUUCGGACGAGAAUCGCCCAAAGAUUCGACAAGAUGCGCGACUUCGCAUACGCACUGGACCUUACGAUCACCGCGCAGCAAUUUUCGACACUCUGCUGCACGAAUGCGUCCACGCAUACCUCGGGACCUACGCUUGCGGUUCCGAAACCUGCGAGUGCGAGAGCAAGACCACUCGCGACGUGGGGAAGACUGGCCACGGGCCAACGUUCUUUCUCAUCACGACACACGUCGCCGCUCUCUUCGAGGAAGACGCAAUUGACUGGCGUUUUCCGAAGCCUCCAAUGUCGCUGGAUUACAGCUUGGAGCAGGAGAACAGGGCGAGCGGGAUUGUCCUGCGCAAUGAGGACAUCGAGAAGUGUGCUCCGAGCUUUCAGGAGCACCUUCGAGGAAUUAUGAGAAGGCAGCUCACGGCCAGAGAGCAAAGCCCUGACUCUGAGUAG